CCUUGUUUCUUGGAGCACUGCGCAGUUUCACUUUCACUUAACAACGAAGGACUGUCAAGUCUGUUUGCUGAUGUAUCUCACGCAUUUAUAUAAUCCUCAACAGUGUAAAGAUGGACAUGAAGGAAAUGGUUAUUGAAGUGAAUGGACUUCCAGACAACUACUCCAGUAAAGAAAUGAUUGACAAAUUAACCAUGCACUUUCUGAGGCCCAGCAACAAAGGUGGAGAGGUUUUAAUAGUGAUUUAUCCCACCUCCAACAAAGGCCAGGCUUAUGUUGUUUUUGAAGAAGAAGAAGUACCUGGGGUCUUGAAACAUAAUCAUGUUUUGGAACUGGAUAGUCAGUUUUACCCACUGGAUGUUAAAAAGAUGCAUCAGCCUAAGUUGGACAUCCCAGCUGAAGCAUUCCUCAAUGUGAAGAUGUUCUCCAGUCCGAGAAAGAUCCGAGACAUUCUUCAUAGCCGCGGCUUCCAGGUGUCAGAGACCAGCUCGGGAGAGUUGCAUUUGCAAGGAACCUUUCUUAACUUAAAACGCAUCCAUCGCAAACUCAUGCAUCUUCUGGCUCAAGAAAUCCACCCUCAAAGAAGAACACCUUCGCAAUACUCUAAUGGCUUCUCGUCUGACUCUGUCUUAAGAGCUAGCUCCAGUGACUAUGACCAAGGAUCUUAUUCCACAUCGAGACACAGUCACAGCAAUGGCCACUCAGUGUAUGCUGCGGGCAGAAACACAUCUUCUGGAAUAAACUCAAGAUCCCCAGACAGACAGGCACUCGUGCAGGCUUCCUCUUCACUGGAUGUGAGUUCAAGCGCAGAAAGUUCCUUCAGCAGUCCCACCAGGAGCUUUGAGGAUUCCAGCACGAGCGUUCGGCAGCGGAAUCUCUCAUCUCCCAAACGGAAAACUGAGGAUUCCUUACAUGUGGAUCCAGAUGUGUUUAAAUACGUAAUGCGCUUUAAGAAGUCGUUUAUUGAAAAAAUAGAAUCAGAUUACCACACUAAGAUUGAUCAUGAAGAUGAUUCAGGGGUUGUUAAGGUUAAAGUCUCGGGGGGAGCCUGUGAGAAAGCAGCUAAAGAAAUGUCUGAAUUCAUGCAAGCUAUGAGCUUAUCUCUAUGUACGCAUGUAAUAGACCUAACAGAACUUGACUCCAGUCAGAAGAAUCACAUUUUCCAGAAAGCAAACUCAUUCCAAAAGAUCUACAGUGUUUUAAUUAGGCAGGAAAGUGACAUUAUUAAAGUGGUGGGAUCUUCUAAAGACAGUUAUGAAGCGAAGGAAAAUCUUCUUGGACGUGAGGUUGAUCAUGCUCCACCAGGAAACUUUACAAGGAACACUCUGCGACGCAGCAGGUCUUUACCAAGAACAAAAACAAGGGCCAGAGAGGAGAACACAGACUUAGGACAAAGUCCUGGUGCUGUGUACACUACUACUGUUAGUAGCUCCUCUGCCUCACAUUACCGAACAGACUCUCAAUUGCAGCAAGAAGUACAACAGGAAAGAGGUCGCAAGCCCACUAAAUCCUCUACACCACGGGGCAGGGCACACAGCGCCUCUCGGUUACAACACAAAGAUCAAAGCAGAGUAAACCAAGAAGCAUCAAGCUCUCACCAGCAGGAUUCGACACCCUCUGAUGUAGUUCAGACACCUAAACAAAAAACCCCUAAAAUAAGAUCUCCUCUUUUUUCUGUUUCUGUUGAUAAAAUAAAAAAAAAAUACAAAGACACGGUUUAAGAAAUGACUGAAUCCAAUGCAUCAGUACUCUAUCGUAUGGCACAGACUGAUCACAUUAAGUUAUCAUCCGCUGUAAAACACAGAACUUUUGGUCAGACACCUUGUGAUUACCUCUACUUUAAGAAAGGGACAAGACUCUAUGCUGACAGAGCUAUUUGCCUAAACCAAGGUGUCCAAUUCUGGUCCUGAAGGGCCAACGUUAUACAGAGUAUAGGUCCAUCCACUGAUUCUGAACACCUAGCUGGUUCAGGUGUUUGGUUAGGGUUGGAGAUAAACUCUGGCCCUCCAGUAACAGGUUCAGACACCCCUGACUUAAACACAUCUAUUUCAUUUGUACUCACACCAGAGCACAAUCACUGUGAAUGCUUUGUAAUUUUUGUCUGAUAUGACAAACACAAAAUCGGUAUAUCCAGAUAACCUAGUUUAGCUGUUCACCUGUCUGAUAUAUUUUUCAGUAUUUGCACUUGACUCGAUGUUCAGUCUUUUCCUGCACUGCCGAUUUGUCAAGACUCUCGUUCAUUACCAUGGAGACUCGAGGAGGAAGUGUCUUUUUUCUGCAUUCUACAGGAAGUGAUGCAGGGCCUGUGGUUGAUUUAGGGGCUGAGUACCUCCCUGUUAGAAAAAAUGAAACCAGAACCCAGGCUUUCAAAAUGACAGAAUGUGAGAAAUACCCUAAUGUGCAGAGUGCUUUUGUUUUUUCUCCUGUAGAUCUAUGAAAGACUGUUUUUGAUUUAACAUUGUAUUAAUUUGAGUAUUUCUAUCAGAUACAGAGUUCUGUCAUACUAAAAUUCCCCUAAGCUGUGGUUUGCUAUUUAAGAAUUACCAAAGUGGUCAUUAUGAUGCAUUGGCUGUGUUAACAUAUAGUAACUAAUUUUUUUAGCUAUUUGAAUGAUUCUUUUAGGGAUGUGAAUUAUUUAAGGCAUUACUGUAAUGUGGACAAGUAGUAAUUGUAAUCAAAUGGCACUGGAUGGUAAUCUGUAUUGAAUAAUCUGUGACGUUUGUAAUAGUUGUACAUUAGCUAUAAAAGUACAGUGACUACUGA